CUGCAAGCAGAAAGCCUGGGGAGCCUUUGAUCAUCUCUGACAUCAAGAAGGGGAGCGUAGCGCAUAGAACUGGCACCUUGGAGCCGGGAGACAAGCUGUUAGCCAUUGAUAACAUCCGACUCGACAAUUGCUCAAUGGAGGAUGCUGUCCAGAUUUUAAGACAGUGUGAGGACCUGGUCAAAUUGAAGAUUAGGAAGGAUGAAGAUAACUCUGAUGAGCAGGAGACAACUGGUGCUAUUAUCUACACAGUGGAACUGAAGCGAUAUGGCGGCCCCUUGGGAAUAACCAUCUCUGGGACGGAGGAACCUUUCGAUCCAAUCGUCAUUUCGGGUUUGACUAAACGAGGGCUGGCAGAAAGAACUGGAGCCAUCCAUGUCGGUGACCGGAUAUUAGCGAUUAAUAAUGUGAGCCUCAAGGGCAAACCACUGAGCGAAGCCAUUCACCUGCUGCAGAUGGCGGGAGAGACGGUCACUCUGAAGAUCAAGAAGCAGACGGAGAAAUCCUAUCCCAAGAAGUCGGGGAGUAUAAAUGAAGUGAGCGACCCAGAAGAUGAACUAACGGACUCCCAGAAAACUAGCAAGCUGUCUGAGAUAUACUCCACCACAAUUCCAAGCGUGGACAGUGCUAUGGAGUCCUGGGAUGGCUCUGGCAUUGAUGCCGGGUAUGGAAGCCAAGGUACAUACAUACCUCAGGCUGCAGGCAUAGCCCUCCACCCGCACGAAUGGAGACACAGCAGGCAAAAGAGCAGCACCCCUCCGGGGGACCCCAGGAAAAACUACCCCUACAUGGAUGGAAGUUUCAGUGAAGAUGACUGGGACAAGCCCAGCAGAUACCCCAACCGCCAAAAUGGCCUUGAGACCACUCACGAGGAUAGUUUUUGGCGUGUUUUUGGAGAAGCUUUGGAGGAUUUGGAAACCUGCGGCCAGUCUGAACUUUUGAGGGAGAUUGAG